AAAAAAAGGUGAGAAAACAAGCAACGAGGGGGGAAAAAGAAAAAGAAACCUCAAUCCUCUUCCAAUAAUUUUUCCAAAAACAAAAUGUCGAACACUCGGCAAAUGUUCAGCGCUGGAAAGUCCCGCGGUGAGGGCCAGGCCAAAGCUGAUCAACUGUUGCAGCCAGCCAGCGACAGAGCAUCUCAGGCUGCACAAAGUGCUCAGGAGACCAAGGAGCAGGCUGCAGGUUUUCUUCAGCAGACCGGAGAGCAAGUGAUGAACAUGGCCCAUGAAGCUGCGGAUGCAGUAAAGGAUGCACUCGGCGUGAGCAAUGCCGAUGCCUCCAGCAACGGUAGCACCACAACAACCCGUACCACCACCACCACCACCAAGCAGCAUUGAAAACUAUUUUUUUUCAUAAUUACCUACCGAUGGGUAAUUUUUUUUUUCGUGGAUUUUUUUUCUUCAAAUAAUCUGAAAAGAAAAUCGAUGGUUAUGUGAUAAAUACAAGAAUUAUCUACUCUUUGGAUUCAAUGGCAUGGAAUGUUGUUCGUUUGGCA